AUGGUUACAUCAUCCAAAGCUCUUGUUUCUCGUGUGUCCACAGGGCAGUCCCCUCGGUUGGUCCAGGAACAGCUUCCUCUACCCAUACCCGAUGUUGGCCAGGUGCUUGUGAAGGUGUCACACGUGGCGCAGAAUCCAACCGAUAUCCUAAGUUUUGAUCGGAAUGCCUACGGAGACGGAGCAGUCCUGGGAUGUGACUUCGUCGGAGAAGUGACUGAGCUCGGAGCUGGAGUCACUAGGCUCUUGAAGGGCGAUUUGAUUGCGGGAUUAAUCCGAGGAGGAGAAACCCCUGGUGUGGGUGGGUUCAGCGAGUAUACACUUGCCGACCAGCACAUCUCUUUCAAAAUCCCAAAAAACAUUUCGAGGGUUCAGGCCAGCACCAUUCCUCUGGCGGCAGGGACAGCAUGGCUCGCCCUUUUCUCUCACAGGUGUCUAGCCCUUAACCGCUCCGCUGCAUCAGGUACCAGCGUGUUGGUGUGGGGUGGAAGCUCAAGUGUCGGUCUCUAUGCCAUUCAGCUGGCCUCUAUCUGUGGUUUUAGCGUAAUUACAACCUGUAGUCCCCGCAACUUCGACCUGGUUCGGUCUUGCGGUGCGAACCACAUUUUCGACUAUAACGAUCCAACGGUGAUCGACAAAAUCAAAGAGGUCAGUGCAGACCUGCGAUAUGCCUUCGAUACUAUUGGCAGUAUUACAUCCUCUACUCUAGCCUCCAGGGCCUGGGGUGAUCGCCCAGGAAACUUGUGCACUGUUCGCCCCGGAAAAGCAAAUACAGAACAAGUCACUUCCAACACUCGCAUCACCGAUGUGUUGUUGUGGACGGUCUUCCUGAAAGAUCAAUGGUGGCAUGAUAACCAGAAUAAUCAGUUUCACUGGCCGGCAUCAAAGGAAGAUAAUGAUCUUGCUAAGGAAUUCUUUGACAAGCUGCCCUCUUGGCUGGAGCAAGGCCAAUUUCAGCCCAACAAGACCAGGGUGCUGUCUGGGUUGGAUUCGGUGCCCCACGGCUUCCAGGAAUACCGGGAUGGCAAGAUCUCGGCCUACAAGAUUGUUUAUGAACUAUAA